AUGGCGGCGCCGGCCCCGCGGCCCCUGCGCGGAAAGUCCUUCUACCUGGACCUGCCCGGCGGCCGCGGCGCGCGGGACCUGGCGGAGGCCAUCGGGCGGCUGGGCGGGGUGACUGAGAGCUUCCUGAGCAAAGAAGUCAGCUACGUGGUGUCCAGCAACAAAGAAGCUAAAAGAGACAGAGCCAGGACUGGGACUGAGAAGUGGAACAAUGUAACCUCAGGAGAUGCAAAAGCCAUGAGCCUGAUGCCUUCUACCUCCAAAGGAAAUCAUGCCAGACCUCACCAGAAGCCACCAGACAAGGCCCUGAUCAGCAGGGGGAAGGAGCUGCUGCAGAAGGCCAUGAAGAAUCAGGACCCCUGGGGUGGCAGCAGCAUCCUGGCCAGCGCUCGCCUGUGGGGCAUCCAGAUCCUGCACGUGGAUGAAAUGCUGUCACACGCCCAGCAGCUGCUCCGUGCUGCCUCUGGAGCCAGGAAGCGGAGCCAGAAGACAGAGGUGAGAUGCCUUGCAUCUGGAUCCAAAAUUCACCAAGGAAAAUUGAAGCCCCCUUUUCUGAAGGUUGAAGACCAGAGCAGGCAAUUCCGACCCUUCCAUCACCAGUUCAAAAGCUUUCCUGACCUGAACUUCCUGGCACCCAAAAGCUCCAGCCCAUUCGAGCCUCUGAAGAGCCUCUCGAAUCCUUGCAGGGCCAGGGGUGCAGAGGGCCCGAAGCGCAGCGAGGGGGAGAAGAGCCCCCCAUCCACACCAGUCACUGUGCCAAAGAAAAAGAGGGGAUUCUGUGAGUGCUGCCAGGAGACCUUUGAAGAGCUGCAGAAGCACCUCCAGAGCCCCCAGCACAGGCGGUUUGCGCUGGACGACUCCCAGUACGCCCCUGUGGAUCGAGUCAUCUCCCAGCUCACCAGCACCCUGGGCCAGCAGGCAGCCAAAGUGCCUUGGUCCUGCCUGAUGGAUGAACACUCAGUGCCUCAAGCCCAAGUGACUGGAGGAACGGAGAUGCUGCCAGCAGAGCUGGGAAGAGAAAGGGAGCAGCCUGAGCAGUGUGUCAUGGGACUGGUGAUUGAUGCAGAGCAGGAUCCUGGUCUGCAGAUUGGGGACAGGGUCAAUAAACCCAGAGGAGGAUGGGGGCUGUUGGAGAGCUGCUCUCAGGGGCUGCCUAUUGGAGCAGGGCUCAGCAGAGGGGUCUGUGCAGCAGGUGGCACCACAGAGGGGUCUGUGGUGGGGGACACAGACCCAGCCUUGGCUCCUGACCUGGGCUGGGGUCCUGGUGUAGCAGCCACUCCUGUGGGAGAGGCAGUUGCUUCUUCAUCUGAGCUUUGUAAGCAGCAGGUGUUGGGGUCCAUCAGCCAGGCACAAGCACUUCCUGCCCCCAGGAAACGUCUGCUCCCCUCCAGCCAGGGCACCCAGCUGGGGAAGAAGCCCAGGCUGGAGCUGGGAGGUUCCCUCUCCCUGUAUAAGCAGGAAAAGCUGGUGGGGGUUGGGAUGGGUGUGCAGGGCACAGGACAGGACUCUGAGGCAGUGGUGGAAGCUGGCAGCUUGCCCCUGAGCACACAGCUCUCCAGCAGACCUCAGAGCUCCCUUGGUUUGGCCCCAUGCCCACCUGGGAGCCCUGGGGACCCUGCAGCACGGCCGAGUUCCCUCCAAGCUCUGUCUGUGGGUUUUGGUCCCUCAGAGGCUGCUGGAACCAGCACUGCCAGCCAGCCUGGCUGGGACAGAGCAAACCUGGGUUCCCAAGGGAUGCAGCUUGGAGGGGACAAUGGAAACACACCCAAAAAUGUGAAUAGUCCUGAUCAGGAGGGCACAGUGAGCAGGACCAGCUGUCCUCCUGGCUGGUUGCCCUCUCCAAAACUGCCUGUGGCUGAAGCCAGAUGUAGCUGCUCACUCUGUGUCAGAGCAGCAGGAAAAAUAGCACCCAAACUACCUGACCUCCCAGGCCACAGCCAGGAGCAGGUUCCCUGCCCAGGGCUCCUUCAGCCUCUUCCACACAAGGCCCAGGCUGGUCAUGACUUCAGCAGAAGUUCUUCUGAGUCAGACUGGGAUGUCCAGCUGCUCUCCACACUGACGGGCGUCCAGGACAGCAGGAUCCAGCCUGUGGACAGGGACUUGCUCCAAAGGACACAUGUCAAUGUGAGGGACAGUGGGUAUGAGUCUCAGCUCUGCUCUGUCCUGAAACAGAAAUCAGAGCUUGCCUGGGCAGGCAAAGAGGACAAGAACUGCUGGAACUGCUGCACAGAGACCAAAGGAGCUUCUUUCCCCAUGUUUGAGACCUUUUUUGGCAGCUGGACUAGUUAAACCCACUUCCUGGCUGUUCCUGGGGCCCCUGGGGGGAGCUGGGAGGUGGCUGGAAGUUGUUUACCAAGGCUCCCUCCCUGUCGGGCCCAGGAGGUGCAGCUGGAAGCAGGAGUGAGGACCAUGAUGGUCCCCAGACACCACAGACCUCCUGGGCAGCUCUCUUGUUGAGAACUGGUGGGUGAUGUGGUGGUUUCACUGUCCUUGGCUGCAGGAAGGGCUGGGAUCUUCCCUCCUCUCUGAUGUUCAGAGCUGGUAGCUUCCUCCUUCAGCUCCUCACUGGGCUGCUGACAACAUGGUCUUUCUCUGGAAGUCUCUCUUCAGCAGGAAGCUCUUUGCCCUUCAGACUGAGAGCAUCAUCUCACCCAGCCUUUGGAGGUGGAGAGGUGGUGCAGAGGAGUGCCCUGGGGGUGAGAUGUGUUCACGUGGUUUGGGGUUUAGUUGGAUUUCUUUGAGUAUUUACAGAGGUUUGUAACUGGUCCUGAGUUGGAGGGUUUUUUUAGCAAACUUUUAAACUUUUAAAUAAAUUGGAA